AUGUACCGCUCGAGAGGCAAGCUCUUUCGUUACUUUGUGAUCGAUGGAUUGUUGAUAUGCUUGUUAUACGGAGCUACAGAAGCAAUUGUUGGAGUCGACGAGUGCCAGGCGACGCGUGUGAUACACUUCCUUCAGUAUCCAGGCUGUGUUCCAAAGCCGAUUCCUAGUUAUGCGUGUAGAGGACGGUGCAGUAGUUACCUACAGGUGUCCGGAUCGAAAAUGUGGCAAAUGGAGAGGAGCUGCAUGUGCUGUCAGGAAAGCGGCGAAAGAGAGGCUAGUGUCUCCCUGUUCUGUCCACGGGCGAAACCAGGGGAGAAGAAAUUCAGGAAGAUGGUCACCAAAGCACCGCUGGAUUGCAUGUGCAGACCGUGCACCAGCGUGGAAGAGUACGCGAUAAUACCUCAAGAGAUCGCGGGAUUCUCCGACGAGGGUCCUUUCACAACAUCCGCGCAUUUCAGACGAUCCUCCGUUUUAUAAUAGA